CUACAAUUUGCACAAGCUCAUCGAAAUUGGACAAUAGAAGAUUGGAAAAACGUUGCCUGGUCUGAUGAGUCUCGAUUUCUGCUGCGACAUUCGGAUGGUAGGGUCAGAAUUUGGCGUCUACAACAUGAAAGCAUGGAUCCAUCCUGCCUUGUAUCAACGGUUCAGGCUGGUGGUGGUGGUGUCAUGGUGUGGGGAAUAUUUUCUUGGCACUCUUUGGGCCCCUUGGUACCAAUUGAGCAUUGUUGCAACGCCACAGCCUACCUGAGUAUUGUUGCUGACCAUGUCCAUCCCUUUAUGACCACAAUGUACCCAACUUCUGAUGGCUACUUUCAGCAGGAUAAAGCGCCAUGUCAUAAAGCUGGAAUCAUCUCAGACUGGUUUCUUGAACAUGACAAUGAGUUCGCUGUACUCAAAUGGCCUCCACAAUCACCAGAUCUCAAUCCAAUAGAGCAUCUUUGGGAUGUGGUGGAACGGAAGAUUCGCAUCAUGGAUGUGCAGCCGACAAAUCUGCGGCAACUGUGUGAUGCCAUCAUGUCAAUAUGGACCAAACUCCCUGAGGAAUGCUUCCAGCACCUUGUUGAAUCUAUGCCACGAAGAAUUGAGGCAGUUCUGAAGGCAAAAGGGGGUCCAACCCGUUACUAGCAUGGGGUACCUAAUAAAGUGGCCGGUGAGUGUAUGUUUGUAUUGGCUCACGUGUAGACUACACGGUUAUGGCUUUGACCACAUCAUCAGUGUCUUCUGCCACACUCCUGAUAGCAAAAUGAAUUGACAGAGCUGCAGCUCACACACAUGCCGGGGGCCAAUGGAGAGCUAUGAUUCCGUUGGAUGUGGUUCAGGGGUGUGUUGCGGCCUGCUUCUGAGAACUGGCUUUGGGAAAGAGGGUUAUCUCCUGCUGAUAAGGGCCACGUUUAAAAGACUGGGCCAGGAAGAGACUGGAGGAUUUGCAUCUGCCUGCUGAAGGGAGCAGCGACUCACAGAGCCUUUGAGCAGCCAUGCUGCUGCUGGUGGUCACCGUAUCGGUCGCCAAUAUGUUUUUAGCUCCCGGGGUUGUUUGCUUGCCCCUCACGGAUCAGGGUCUCCACUUGGCCGACGACUGGGGCCAGUCGGUCCGACUCAAGCACCUGUACGCCGCCAGCGCGGGACUCCACCUGCUGAUCGGGGAGGAUGGUCAGAUCCAAGGCUCCGCGCAGCAAAGCCCGUACAGCCUGCUGGAGAUCAGGGCCGUGGGUCCGGGCUGUGUUGUCAUCAGAGGAGUAGCAACCGCACGGUUUCUCUGCAUCGAAGGCAAUGGAAGGCUGUACUCAUCGGACGCCUACAGCAGAGAAGACUGCGCCUUCAGAGAGCAGAUCCUGCCGGACGGCUACAACGUCUACAGCUCGGAGAGACACGGGGCCCUGCUCAGCCUGGGGAACCACAGGCAGAGGCUGCAGGGUCGGGACCAGGGCGUACCGGCUCUGGCCCAGUUCCUCCCGAGGAUCAGCACCCUGGAGGCUUCAUCGGAUGCCCCCGACCCGCACCGGCAGACCGCCACAGAGACAGAGGAGCCCGUGCUCUCCAUGGACUCGUUUGGAAGGCUCUCUCAGAUCAUUCACAGUCCCAGCUUCCACGAGAGAUGAGUCCGUCGCUCCGGACUCCAUGUGAAGGGAUGUACCACAAGGUGUUCUUGGUCCAAGGCCUGAAGACCUGCACUCCUCAAUGCUGCGCUAUAGAACCAAGAACUGACUGCAUGUUCAGCCAGCCUGCAGCCAGGCAGGUUGCCAGACAGGUUGCCAGGUCGGUCCAGUUGGACGUGACUGCACACAAUACAAGUGCAGUGUCCUACAGAGGGGAGAACGGCACCAGCAGGACAAUAUAUAAGGUUUCAUUCUGUCACUGUACUUUUACUGAACACACACCCGCAGUGUUCUGGUUCCUCCUCCCCAACAGGCCGCCUGUGGCCCAGAGGGAGGGGCUGGUUCCACCCUCCGGUUUGCUGGGCAUAAAGACAAGGUAACGUGACCAAUCUACCAGUAGAAUGUUGAAAAAGGUUGAGGAGGGUACACCUUUGGUCACAGCGAGUGAUCAGCGGGUGUAGUGGAACCAAGUGAGCGACAUGCUGCAGACCCGUCUGCCAUCUCGGACAAGGGCCUGCUGCCUGUGAGCUGAGGGAGAGGGAAACGCUGUGCUACCUGCAGAGCUAGUAGUAAAGUGAACUGCAUGAAAAGACGACUCAAAGGGUGAUGUAGUUUGUGCUGAACGCACUGUGGCAUUUUCUGUUUGUGGAUGUUUGCAGCAAUGUAAAGCGAGAAUUUGUUUUGGCUGAUGUUUGAUUUGAAGUCUUCAAAGCAUUUUAAGAACAAUAUGUAAUAAAUACAUAUCACUUGAAAUGAAAAACGAUUAUGUGAACACAUGUAAUCGUUUGUUUUCUUCGGGUCAUUGAAAGCCUCUGGGAUUACAGACAGAUGAGAGGAAACAAAGGAGGGAGUGGGACUGGACUCAUAUAAACAUGACUUAUGUAAAUGCCCUACACACAGAUCCACAUGCAGGGGGAGGACAGAGUGACGGAAGAGGAAAAAAAAAAGUUGGACAUUUGAGCUUUGGCGAUAACAUUUUCUGGAUCUGUGACUUGGUUAGGAUGGCAACUCUGAUGUGGAGGAUUCUGAAGACAGUCUCUUAUGGCAGAGGGUGACAAAAAAAGGGAGAGAGCACGCAAGGUGAAGGAGUCAAGGUGGUAAACACAGCUGGAUGAAGGUAAAGAUAAAAGAUUGUUUGCAAGAGAUAAUAAUCCUGUAAUGCUUAAAGCAAGAUAAAUCCCCCAUCUUGAAAACCAACUGUGCUCGACCACUGAGCCACUCUCCCCCCUGUCCGAGCCCAUUAAGGAAUGGGUCCUAAUGGGAUGUAUGAGUUUUAGAGGGGUGCCCUAUUGCUUGUCCCCCUCGCUCUGGUCCGCUACAACAGGUAUGCACCCUUAGCAACAGUUUGCAAAGGGGGACACGAGGAGGCCCAGGUGAGGCCAACUCAGGGUAUAAUAUGUGCUGGAAACCCAGUAGGUAAAAGCAGUUAAUGACAUGAGCCACACAGAGGUACAAGUACAAGGCCAAAGUGUUAGGUAUGAAACAUCUGACCCAAAAGGAUUCUUGGGUCACUCUGAGAAAUCCUGGAAAGCAUGACGCUGAUUCUAUGUAUUGUGCAUGAAAUAGUCAAACUCUAAACACAGAAAGGUCGAUGUGUUCUGAAGGGCAUGUAGGACUUGAAGCAGAAACCAGUUGGCCCUGGUCAUGCGACAAUGGAGGGCAAGAAGCUUAUUGGUAAAUGGAUGAGAAAUGAAAGCACUGAUCAAGAACUGAUGUCAACUGAAAUCAAAUGUAUUUAGGAAACCUGGUUUAAACCGACAUUAAA